UAUAUUAGAUAGAGAACUUGCAUGCACGAGGAACAUUUUACAAUAUGAUCCUUGGGACUGUAUAACCAUUUGUGUCUUAUCCCCCUGUAUUAAAACUGCUCUAAGGACGACUUUCACCGACAAGGAGGAAAGAGUCAUGAAAUAAAAAUGGAUGGUACAAAUUUGUUAAACAUGGCGACCACAGGGAGCCUGCUGCUGCUUCUUCUUAACCUCAGUGGAGCCUUUUGUGCAGCAGUGCAGUGGACAGAACUAAAUGAAGCAAAGGCCUACCUGAAGCAGUAUGGCUACCUGACUGACUACGCUGAUGCACAGGACCCUGAAAACCUCGAGCAGGUCAUAGAAGCUCUCAGCGUUUUCCAGAGAGCGAAUGAUCUGCCACCUACAGGAGAAAUAGAUGAAGCUACUCUGAGUGUGAUGAGAGAGCCUCGCUGUGGGAUGGAGGACAACUUCAACAAGAAGCAUCAUAGAUACAGAGUGAAUGCUGGUUGGAGAAAGAAGAGUCUGACAUAUCGCAUCUACAACUACACACCUGACAUGAAGGAGGCGGAUGUGGACACAGCCAUCCGCUCUGCAUUCAAGUACUGGAGCGAUGUGACUCCUUUGACCUUUAGAAAGGUCAGCUUUGGACGAGCAGACAUUAAGAUCUUCUUCCAUACGACAGAUGGCUGCGCUGUGCCGUUUGAUGGCCCUGGUCGUGUGCUGGCCCACGCUGAGUUUCCAGAGUCAGGUGUUGUCCACUUUGAUGACGACGAGUUCUGGACUGAGGGGACGUAUUAUGGCUCUAAUCUACGCAUUGUUGCCACCCAUGAGAUCGGACACGCCCUCGGCCUCUCUCACUCUGAGUUUAGAAGAGCUCUGAUGGCUCCAGUCUACAACGGCUACAAGGCAAACUUUAGGCUGCAUUUUGAUGACAUCCAAGGCAUCCAGGCAAUAUACGGCAACCGCAUGACCAGCCCUUUAGCAGACCCGACACACACGGACAGUCUGAUUCCUACAGAGAGCAGCCGUGAGAAUGAGACCAUACCUGACCCCUGCACUGCUGAUCUGGAUGCCAUCAUGUUAGGUCCAUGGAGGAAAACUUAUGCAUUUAGUGGUGAUUAUGUAUGGACCAUCUCUGAUCUGGGACACAACCCACCAAUGAAGAUCACUCAGCUGUGGACCACACUUCCUGGAAACCUGAAUGCUGCUGUACACUCUCCAAGAACCAACAAGACCUACUUUUUCAAAGGCAGCAGAGUGUGGAGAUACACCAAGUUCAGUCUUGACUGGGGCUACCCUAAAGAUGUCAAAAGGAUCCCUCACAGUAUUGAUACUGCCCUGUACCUGGAGAAGAACAAGAAGCUGGUCUUUAUUAAGGGUUCAGAUCACUGGCAAUGGGACGAGCUGAAGUACAAUGACUUAUCCCACUACCCAAAACCGCUGUCCAUGCUCUUCUCGCGGGUGCCCUCCAGUCCAGAUGCAGCCUUCACCUGGACAAACGGAAAGGUGUUCUUCUUUAAGGGAGACGAGUAUUGGCGGAUGAAUGAGAUGCUUACGGCCGACAGAGGAUACCCACAGAGCAAGAAGGCGCGCUGGAUGCAAUGCUAGGGGUCCACCACCAGGAGGCAACAGGUGUAUAAGACUGGUGCCAAGAGAUGAUCAACCAGCAGGGGUCGCUGGUUCCAUUCCAGGGGCAUUGACAACUGUGCAACCUCAACAGCAGUGAUUCAUUGUAGAACUGAUUUUAUUUCACUGGAUCCAUGAUUCCCUGCCCUCCAGAGCAGGAAGUCUUUUUUUUUUUAGUUCUUGAGCUUUAUUGUUUGUGUUUUUGUGACUGGGUGUCUUAUGUAAGCUUUUGUAUGAUCUCAGGGAGAAAUCGAGGAACGCCUUCUGUUUUUCUCUCAAGCAUGUGUGUUUGAUUAUGUGUCUUAAUACCUUCUGGCAGAUGUAAUACGACGGUCGGAGUGUGCACUUUCUACUCAGCCUUUAUUAUGUAACACUUUUAAAUUUUACCAAACACAUCCAUUAUCUCAAUAAUCACACAGGUCUGUGAGAAAUCAUGUAGCAAAAAUGUGUCCUGAGUGAAUCAUUUCUGCAAUUAAACGACACAUAAUAUCAACUGUAAAAUCGACUUCUUCAUUUCAUUUCCUCGCACUAGAAAGGAGGUUUAAAAGCAAAAUGCUCACUAUGAUCAAGGCCAGGCUGUCCUGUACUGAAUCGCCUGCAACACAAAAAACCUUGGAAGCACCAUGGCAACCUAAACCACUCGCUGAGUAGGAAAUCCUUCCUAUGUCCUUGGAAAUCUGAUGAGUAAUUCAGCCAGUGUUGCUAAGAGCCCACAGAAACAAUGGUGUAAUUUAUUCAACUCGACCAAGGACUAGAAACUGUUUUUUUUUUUUAUCAAACACUUUUAUUUAUUCCUAUUUGAAAUUUCUAUCAACAGGUAUGUACAAAUUCAGGUAACAAAGCACAUUGUCCCUGCAAAUAAAAACAACAUAAAGGGGGUAAUUAUUUAAAAAUCUA